CGAAUAGCUAGUUAGUGAGAGGUUUUUUUGCGAUGUUGGUGUUGCUUCAAUGCAAAAGUGGAAAGGGUUCCAAGGGCCUGAAGAAUUUGAUCAGGGUCAGCCAUGUCCACAUAGACAGCGUCGUAUUCCGACUCCACUAUUCGAUCACUGUGAUCAUUCUGAUCGCAUUCAGUCUUAUAUUGACGACGAGACAGUACGUGGGCAAUCCCAUCGACUGCGUCCAUACCAAGGACAUACCGGAAGACGUCCUCAACACCUUCUGCUGGAUCCACUCGACGUAUACCGUGAGGGCGGCGUUUUACAAGAAAAUUGGAUUGGAAGUACCUUACCCCGGCGUGGAAACGGCAAAGGACGAAAAGGACAAGAAACUCUACAAAUACUACCAGUGGGUCUGCUUCUGCCUUUUCUUUCAAGUACAUCGGGUGCAACGAAAAGCCGUAACCAACGAAGUAACGGCGCUCCUCAACAAUUUGAGUCCGAUGUGGAACGCCAAUAAACUUAUCUUACUCCUCUGCCCCUCAAGAGUUCACAGAUCAACUGACAACUAG